GCCCGCAACCGGCUCUGUAUCUUAUCGCCACGUGCUAGAGCUCCGACCGGGGUUGCACCUGCCGUCCACCUCCACUCACAGCUCCCCGCCAUUACAGUGCCUCACAGGUGCACAGUCCGCUCAAAGACUCAAGCGACUCUGCAGAACGUGCGCACUUCUCUUAUACUGAAUAAAUAAUAGGCAAACACAAUCUUUCGCAAGCUUCUUGCUUUCGUCCCAAGAUCACCAGGACAAGCGUAGCGCUCACCCAACCAGGUCACAAGUGCAGUGACGGAACCUCGCAACAUAGCUGAACCACCUGUCACCGCACGCCAGCUAUCUUCGCUUCUUUUUCACGGCAGCCUAAAGCAACCCACCCAUCUGCGCAUCGGCCAACCCUCGGUGCCUUGGGUCCGCGGCGGACCCUCGCAACACCUGAACCUCGACCCGCUCGACGCGGCCGCCGAACGCACGAUACCGACUAUAAUCUCACUCAACCACACUUAACUUUGCUAUGGGUCUUACGUAUAAUAUCUACCUCACAGGAGGCCGUAUCUACGGGUGUCGGACCUGUAAGACACAUCUCUCCAACCACGACGACAUCCUCAGCAGGAAUUUCCGUGGCCAACAUGGCAAGGCAUAUCUCUUUGAUCAAGUGGUCAACAUCACCGAAUCGGAUCCGAACGAGCGCAACAUGACGACCGGCCGCCACGUCGUACGCGAUAUACACUGUCGACAAUGCAAAGAGACGGUUGGCUGGAAGUACGAUAAGGCGUACGAGUCCAGUGAGAAGUACAAAGAGGGCAAAUUCAUCCUCGAGGCAGAGCUCCUGUGUACGGUUUCAUGAGCGGCCAACAACGCGGCAUUGGCACACUUCUGCUCCCACAGGCAUGCAUCUAUAUGGCGUUUUUGGAUAGGGAAUGGUUCUGGGUUCAGGUUACGGCAUGGAGUACAGGUAUCGGUCAGCAACUUGGGUAUCGGCGUGGUUACGGCGAGACAGUAAGGUGGCUGUUUUAGUAGGUGGGCAUAUCGUACUUCGCCCCUCUCUGCACGAAGGCUUUCCGGAUGGGCGGAUGGACGGCACUCUCUAUAGCUUACGUAGCAGGCAACAUGAUGA